AUGUCCAACGAUCCAUCCAGCAUGAGGCUGCCUAUCGAAAUAUGGCGAUCUAUUCUCGAGGAAAUGCUCCCUAGCGAGCGCAAAAGGCAACACGACCUCACCCCCAACUCUUCCGUCGCGGCGUUGGCUCGAGCCAAUACUUUCUUCAGAGAUCUUGCACACGAAUACCUGUACAAGUACAUCUACCUUGGUCCAACCACGUUCCGGUGUAUGCUUGGAGAAACCCUCGCGUUAUUCAGCAGGACGAUGGCAGAGAACGAGUCCUUAGCUGGACUCGUCGAGGAGAUCCAUACAGGAACCAUUGGGGGAGAGCCUGGAGAAGCAUUCCACCUCCUUCGAAUCCUUCAAUCUGUUCCUAACCUACGUGUUUUCGAGCUUCGCGGAUGGGCCAGAGUCCAUAUAAGCGUCAUGCCGAUCUUUGAAGUCCUACGGGAGAAGCAUCACUUGCGAGCACUCAUACUGUCUCCCAAUCGUCUCCUGGGCUCCUCCUCUCCUCCCCUCUGUGACGUAGAAGACCUCGUACUUAUUCUUCAUCAUCUCCACGACCUGGAAACCGUCUCUAUCGAUUCAUUUACAUGCUGCUCUAGAGAUGACGGUUCUACUCACGCCCUCUAUCACACCACCUCCGACCUUCCAUCGAUGCGCGCCACCAUCUCCCAUGACUUUGCAUCGUCCAUGCAACGACUACGCGAGCGUCGUCAGAUAAUCAUAUCGGCAUCACCACUUCAGAACUGGGAUUCUGGCCUCGCACAAAACACAUGUCCCACUAUACGGCGCCUCACGCUCAUCAAUUGCUUGAACUCCGAUUACGAGUUCCAUAUGCUAUCGUCAUUGGCCCCAAAUCUCACCGAGCUCAAUGCGGCAUCAUCGUGCACCCACCUCUGCGACCAACCUCCGACUACGUUCAUAGCACCGGCUCUUCGCGUCUGGUCAGAUCAAUUGGUCAAGCUCGUCCUCCCAGAAUUUCGUAUCAAGUCAAACGUCAUUUACCCGAACAAUCCAGACGCCCAAUGGGCAUCACGCUUUCCAUUCAGCGAGGACGAUACCAUCGCGAAUAUUAUCGUCCAGAUGCCUCGUCUUCGCGUCCUAGGGAUAGCAAGAGGGUCUAUAUCCCCAAAGCAUUUCGUUCGCGGGCCGAAGUCUCUGAUGUCUCUCAAUCUCUACCUUCCUUCGAGUUCCCUUCUGUACAAUCCAUCCGGACACAUCCUUCCGGAAAUCGUCGCUGUUCUGAGGAACGAGACUACCCUUCCACAGCUGAGACAUCUCUGCUUGACUACCGAAAGGGGAGGUCCUAACACAUCGUUAUUGGAGGAUGUUGUGAAUAUGCGGGGUAUUGUGUUACACGAUAGGCCAAAACAAUGGGAAUCGGCGUCCCAGGAGCUGUGCGGGUUAUCGGAUUAA